GAGAACCUGCAUUACCUGGUGGAGUCGAUGAAGCAGGUGGAAGGCAUCAACGAGACUCUGGUCAUCUUCAGCCACGACCUGUGGGAGCCCACCAUCAACGCCUUCAUCAGGAACAUCACCUCUUUCAGAGUCAUGCAGAUUUUCUACCCCUUCUCCCUGCAGCUUCAUCCCCGUACUUUUCCUGGGAGUGACCCCGCUGACUGUGCUUGGAAUGCCUCCAAGCAGAUCGGCGGUAGUCGCUGCACCAACCAACCCGACAUGUAUGGUCACUACAGGGAGGCGCAGCUCACCCAGAUGAAGCAUCACUGGUGGUGGAAAAUACAAAGGGUAUUCCAUGGGUUGCGCGCGACCAGGGAGUCUGCAGGGUGGGUGGUGUUCCUGGAAGAGGACCAUUACCUGGCUCCAGAUCUCCUACACGUCUUCCACCGUCUCCUCCACGACAAGGACCGCCUGUGUCCCCACUGUCAGGUCAUCGCUCUCGGAAACCACGACACAGUGGAUGGUGCUACUCAAAGUAACAUUGUUAAGACUGGAGUGUGGCAUGUGACAAAACAUAACCUAGGCUACUCCUUCAAUAAAGACACAUGGAAACUCAUAAAAGCCUGCAGCCACCUUUUCUGCACCUUCGACGACUACAACUGGGACUGGACGCUGCUGCGGUUGGUACAGAACUGUUGCAAGCCCAGGCUGGCCAUGUUGGCUCUCUCUCUUUCCAGAGUCGUCCACGUUGGCAACUGUGGAACCCAUAUUCAAACGAAGAGUUGCAGUGUUAGAUCUGAAGUCGAAUCAAAAGUCAAUUAUUAUUACGCGAUUGCCCAAUGGCUGUUCCCUGCAUCAUUUGAAGUGUCUGGCCUCGAAGUAAACUUUAUCACGGAAAAUAAACCCAAUGGUGGCUGGGGAGACCACAGGGACCACCAGCUGUGUCAAGCCAUCGUAACUCAAAUUCUUCUUAACUCAAGUUCUUCCUGACUUAAGUUCUUCCUGACUCAAGUUCUUCCUGACCCAAGUUCUUCCUAACUCAAGUUCUUCCUGAACCAAGUUCUUCCUGACUCAAGUUCUUCCUGACUCAAGUUCUU